AUGAAAGCCACUUUUGCCCGGAUGCAAAAGGUUCGCAAUAUGCGCGGAAACACUGCCACGGUGGAGCAGCCGAAAGUAGUAGUGCCUGUACCGACUGGACCGAGGGACAAACGACAUUUUACUUGGGUAUCUUCACGUGACGCAGAGAUUUAUCCUUUGAUGUUAUGUGUGGCAGUUGGUACCGCGAUUGCCGGUUUCAGUGCUGUCCGUCACCUGAUGUUCGAUCCUGAUGUUAACGUGAGCCGUGACCGGCGCGAGACACCAGCAUGGGAACGCUAUGAGCCCGAGGAAGAAUCUGCUGCACUAAAAGAAGGAACCGGUGAACCGUUCUCGAAACACCUAUAA